AUGAAUCGUUCACUUUUCCUGGCUGCCCUUUGCUUGGGGAUAACUUCAGCUGCUCCAAGAUUCAAUCAAAGCUUAGACUCACAGUGGUUUCACUGGAAAGCCGAACAUAAGAAACUAUACGGCGAGAAUGAAAUGGCUUGGAGGAGAGAACUGUGGGAGAGCAACCUGAGAAUGAUUGAACAGCACAAUUGGGAGUUUCAACAAGGGAAACACAGCUUCACGUUGGGAAUGAAUUCCUUUGGUGACAUGACUAAUGAAGAAUUCAAGGAGGCAAUGAUUGGCUUUCAGAGCCAGAAGCACGGCCAGACCAAACUAUUUAAAAAUGUCCUCAGGGCUAAGAUUCCUUCUUCUGUGGACUGGAGAAGGAAAGGCUAUGUAACUCCUGUGAAGGAUCAGGGAAAAUGUGGUAGUUGUUGGGCUUUUAGUACCACUGGUACCCUGGAAGGACAAAUGUUCAAGAAAACUGGAAAACUUGUUUCACUGAGUGAACAGAACCUGGUGGACUGUUCAGUGUCACAAGGUAAUAUUGGCUGCAGUGGUGGCCUAAUGAAUAAUGCUUACCGGUACAUCAUGGACAACGGAGGCCUGGAAUCAGAGCAGUCCUACCCAUAUGAAGCAGAGGAAGGAGAAUGCAGAUACAAUCCCAAGUAUUCUGUGGCCAAUGUCACUGGCUUUGUGGAUGUUCCUCAAAAUGAAAAAGCCCUUAUGGAGGCCGUGGCAACUGUGGGGCCUAUCUCUGUUGGUAUUGAUGCAAUGCACGAUACUUUCAGGUUCUAUAAUGGAGGUAUUUACUAUGAGCCAAACUGCAGCUCUGAAUCUCUGGGUCAUGCUGUUCUGGUGGUUGGUUAUGGUUCUGAGGGAAGGGGACCAAGCAGAAGAAAUUACUGGAUUGUCAAGAACAGUUGGGGCAAAACAUGGGGCCUAAAUGGUUACGUGAAGAUGAGCAAGGACAUGGACAACAACUGUGGAAUCGCCACCAGUGCCAGCUACCCUACUGUGUGAAAUAAUG